UCAAACCCAACCCUAGCCCUACCCUUUUGACCUCAACGUCACUUUGCACUCGUGGUCGUUUCUUUUGUUCCAUUGAUGUACUCACAGCUAGCUCCAGCUACACUGCUACUACUCCACUCAAGGACUCUACUAACAACCUAUAAAGCCGACAGUGUCCACUAUGAUGCAACCCAGCCCAGACCCACCGUACGGCAUGAUGCCUCCCACUGGUCAGAUGGGUGGACUGUCUCUAGGGCCACGCCCACCUCAAGGAUACGUACAACAACCACCCUCUAAUACUGGCCUCCCUCAGAGCAACUUCCCCACACGAUCAAUGGCCGUUGGUCCUCCUCCCAACCACCCUCAGAUGAUGGGACCCCCCGGACAGAUAAUGGGACCCCCUGCGGCUGGACGAGGGAUGAUGGGACCCCCCUCAGGGCAGCCUUAUCAGAUGCAAGGCAGACCCUCUGCAUCAAUGCCACCUCCAAACCAAGCUCCACAAAUGAUGGCUCCUACAGCCAUGAUGGGGGGACCCCCCGGACAGAUGAUGAUGGGACCCCCUGGUAGUCAACAGAUCAGGGCUCCUGUGUCUCACAUGACUGGACCCCCUACGUCAAUGAUGACAGGCCCAACAACUGGACCACCUGCAUCAAUGCCAGCUCCCAACCAAGCACCGGGGUCGCAUAUGAUGAGUGGACCGCCUGCAUCAAUGCCAGCUCCCAACCAAGCACCGGGGUCGCAUGUGAUGAGUGGACCGCCUGCAUCAAUGCCAGCUCCCAACCAAGCACCGGGGUCGCAUAUGAUGAGUGGACCACCUGCAUCAAUGCCAGCUCCCAACCAAGCACCGGGGUCGCAUAUGAUGAGUGGACCGCCUCCAUCAAUGCCAGCUCCCAACCAAGCACCGGGGUCGCAUAUGAUGAGUGGACCGCCUCCAUCAAUGCCAGCUCUCAACCAAGCACCGGGGUCGCAUAUGAUGAGUGGACCGCCUCCAUCAAUGCCAGCUCUCAACCAAGCACCGGGGUCGCAUAUGAUGAGUGGACCGCCUGCAUCAAUGCCAGCUCCCAACCAAGCACCGGGGUCGCAUAUGAUGAGUGGACCGCCUGCAACAUCCAUGAUGAUGAUGGGACCCCCUGGUGGGCAACAGCUCAGAGCUCCAACAAUGACAGGGGCUCCCUCUAUGGGACCCCCUGGAGGGCAACAGUUCAGACCUGGGGGUCACAUGACUGGACCACCACCACAAAUGGCAGGGGCUCCCCCUUUAGGGGCCCCCCCUAUGGGACCCCCCAUGAUGAUGGGACCCUCUGGUGGACAAUUUCCUCCUCCAGGCCCGGGUGGUUACCCUCGACAACCAGGACCCCCUGGAGGGCUCCCCACGGCUCCUGUACACCAAGGACAACCCAAGGCCAGAAUAGACCCGGACCAAAUGCCAAACCCUGUGGCUGUGAUGAGGUCUGAUCAGGAACAGAGAGGGGGUGUGCCCUUCAUGACAUCAUCACGUGGCAAUGCCCCACCCCUGGUCACCACACACUUCAGAGUACAGGAUGACGGCAACUGCAGCCCUCACUACUUGCGUGCCACCAUGUACAGUGUCCCCUGUACCAAAGACCUGCUCAAUGGAUGCAAGGUCCCUCUUGGAUUAGUGCUCCAGCCUCUUGCAGCUGUCCCCACUGAAGAGAACACCAUGAACAACACGACUCUAGUGGACCAUGGUCCCAGUGGGCCUCUGAGAUGCAACAGAUGCAAGGCCUACAUGAAUCCGUAUGCUCGCUUCGUGGAUGGAGGCCGACAGUAUCUGUGUCCAAUCUGCCAGUGUUCCAACGAAGUUCCACCAGAGUAUUUCUGCCACCUGGAUCACCAAGGGAGACGCACGGACACACUCCAGCGACCAGAGCUGAGGUUUGGCUCAGUCGAAUACAUUGCUACCAAGGAUUACUGCAAGGAGGGCAAGCUGCCACUACCUCCAGCGUACAUAUUCAUGAUUGAUGUGUCUUAUGCCAGUGUGCAAACUGGAUUGCUCAGUCUUCUUUCUCAGUCCAUCCUCUCUGUCCUCGACACUCUGCCAGGGUCCACUGACGAGAGGGGCUCCCCCAUACAAGUGGGCUUUGUGACGUACGACAAAGUGAUACAUUUCUACAAUGUGAAGGAGACUCUGGCCCAGCCUCAGAUGAUGGUGCUCACUGAUGUCAGUGAUGUGUUUGUCCCCAUGGUGGACGGGUUCCUCGUGAGCGUGGCAGAGGCAAGGACCAUGUUGGAGAGCUUCCUGUCCCAGCUACCAGAGCUGUUUGCCACCAACAAUAUGUCUCAGGUGAUCCUUGAGCCAGUGCUACGAGCAGGUAUGGAGGCCCUCAAGGCAUCUGGUAGGAAUGGUCGCUUGUAUGUGUUCCACUCGUCCCUCCCCACUGCCCCCGGCCCUGGUGUCCUCAAGAACAGGCAGGAUCCCAAGCUAUUGGGCACUGACAAGGAGAAGACGUUGCUGGCCCCGGCUGGCUCUGUGUAUCAGAAGCUGGCUGAAGAGUGUGUCAAGUUUGGAGUAGGUGUUGAGUUGUUCUUAUUCCCCGGGACAUACUGUGAUGUGGCCACCCUAGCCAAGAUGGCCGCCACCACCGGAGGAGAACUACACUACUACAAGAACUAUCAGACUAGUAGUGAUGGAGAGGUACUGAUGAGUGACCUGCGACACAGUGUACAGCGUGUGACAGGGUUCGAUGCUGUGAUGCGUGUGAGGGCGUGCACUGGACUACGCCCCACUGCCUUCUAUGGUGCAUUCCACAUGAGCAACACCACAGACAUUGAACUAGGUAACAUUGAUGCUGACAAAGCAAUCGCCGUGGAGAUUAAACAUGACGACAAGUUACGAGAGGACGACUUAGCCUUCUUCCAGGCGGCACUCUUGUACACUGACGUGUGUGGGCGGAGACGACUCAGGGUACACAACAUUGCCAUGAGCUGCUCCUCCAAGUAUCAGGACCUCUAUCGUAGCUGUGACAUAGACUCUCUCAUGAGCUUCCUCUCCAAGAGCAUUGUCCACGCCUCUCUGACACUGCCCUAUAAGAGCAUACGUGAGAGCUUCAGUCAUCAGUGUGCAGUUAUUCUCUCUUGUUAUCGGAAGCACUGCUCUAGUCAGUCCCCUCCUGGUCAACUCAUCCUCCCAGAGAGCCUCAAGCUGUUACCCAUGUACGCCAACUGCCUGCUCAAGUCAGACUGCCUCUUAGCUCCCCCUGUGGUGACUUUAGAUGAGAAGAGUUGCUUCAUGUAUCUGGCUCUGUGUAUGCCCACCUCUCUGGUUGGACCCUUCCUCUAUCCCAGGCUCUACUCCUUGCAUGAUGUGAGUGUUGAUGAACAGGGACUCCCCCCUCUCCUGCGGUGCACAGGUCAGAAGCUGUCAGAGGCUGGUGUGUAUGUUGUGGAGAAUGGACUAGUCACUGUUGGACUAGUCACUGUGCUCUGGUUGGGCCAGGCCGUCCCUAACGAUAUUAUCAGCCAGCUGUUUGGAGUGGGCUCUCUAGCUCAAGUCAACACAGACCUGCGUGCCCUCCCUGCAUUGGACCACCCACUCUCAUUCAGGGUACGAGGAAUCGUUGCUCAGCUGCAAGCUUCUCGACAACACAGCAUGAAGUUGGUCAUCUCCAAACAGCGUGACAAGACGGAGGUGUCCUUCCGUCGACUGCUCAAGGAAGAUAAAGGGGCGGGGCAAUGGGAGGGGACUUCUUAUAUUGACUUCCUGUGUAACAUCCAUCGAGAGAUCAAAGAGAUACUAUCCUAGGAGAACUAUUCAUGUACAAUUUAUUAGCUAUUAGACUCGUCGAUUUUUGACAUGUUAUAAUUAUUGUUAUUGAUCAGUGUAUUCCUACAAAUAUUAUAGCAAACAUUAAUUUUAAGAAAUAAAUUGUCAACAUUUUUCUA